GUCAUGUCAAGAAUUGGAGUCUGAUCAAUACUUUCCAUUCCAGUUGCUUUCUGGUUAAAAAUUCCUUGAUAAUUUAUCAAAUAAUUCCUUGAUGUGUUAGUCUUCUAUUUUAUAUAAAAAUGACAACAAUAAAGUUAAUAGUAAAACAACUACAAGGUGGUGAGUGCACUAUAGAGGCACUUCCAACGACGUCUAUUUUGGAUGUAAAACGGCUAAUUUAUUCGCAUCUGCAAAUCCCAAUUGAAGAACAAAAGUUGCUAUUACUGGGCAGAACAUUGGCUGACGAUCAGACAGUUCAAGCGUAUCCUAUAAAAGAUGGUACAAAAUUGAACUUGGUUGUCAAAAAGCCUGAAGGAUUACGUGAAGCGGCAGUCAAAUAUUUCAAGAGUUUGGGCAUGACAGAUGGAGAGUCAGUCAAUGCAACAAAUCGUCUCCUCAAAAUAGCUCAAGAGAAAUUCAACAAAUUAUCGUGGGAUGAUAUUGACAGAUUAUCGAUGGACUGCUUGUUAGAUGAAAGCGGGCAAAGCCGACCUGCCCCACAAAAUGAGCCAGAUGAAGAGAUGUACAGCUUGUGACUAUGGCGUUGGUGGCUGAUGCAUUUCUUUUAAAGAUUGUAAAUGCCAAAACCAGAAGGGACUAUGAACUGUUGCUAUUUUGUAAUUAAAUGUUCGCAGUAAAUUCAGUGAUGAAAUUCUAUGAUAAUUUAUUAACGGGACUGAACACUGUUGUUUUUGUUUAUUUAUAUGAUUCAAUGUUUAUACUCACCAAGCUUUUACCUGUUUUCUCGUGAUAUACUAAAGUGACAUUGUUCUAUUCACAUUUCUAUGGGUAAAUUCCUACAGAUGACGAAAUGUUGUUUGGAAAUUCAAAACUCUUUAGGUGCUCCUCUACACUUCCCAAUAUUUUACAUCCUGGCUGUACAUUGUCUAUUAUAUGCAUAUUAUAUCACUAUGUAACUUAAAAAUUCAUGUUAUUGUAGAAAUUUAAAACUGUAUUGUAUAUUAAAUUAUUCCAUGUUUAGUAAAUUCAGUAGGUAUGUUUUCUGACAGUUCAAUAGAUUUAAAUUGGUAAUGAAUUUCUGUAUAUUAUAUGUUGUACAUAUUGCUGUUGUAGGAUUAUUAUCACACACAAAACUUUUUAAAAGUUUCAUAUAUUUUAAUGUCAAUUUAAUGGCUGUAGCAAAAUCAGUGGUUGUAAAAUAUAUUGUUAAAUAAUAGCAUAAUAAAUAUUCUGUGCUAAUGGUAGGAUUUAUUAACUCUCAUGAUUUUUUUUGUUGUCAUGUGUAACAUUCAAUGAAAUAUUUUUUUCAAAAUUUAUUGUAACAUCUAGCUUUUUCUUUGUUAUUUGUUUAAUUUAUUAAAUGAAGAAGCAACUACUUGAAAUGUUUCAAAUAAUAAAAGUAAAUAAAAAAUUACCUAAUAUUAAUUUUUUUGGGAGCCUUGCUAUAUACAGUUGGCGGCAGAUAAUAUAAAGACAAUGGUUGGGGCUUAUUUGUCUACAACUGUACUCGUAAUAGUAAUAGUGUGAGAGUUAUGAAUGUCAUAAUAGUGCUUUUAAAAUAUUACUGUAGAUGUAAGUCUGACAUCUGUAAGAAAAUAAAUUUCUUAUGGUGUGUAGUCUCUACAGAAUACAUAGAUGAUGGAAUAUAAUUUUAUAUUAGGUAGUCUGAUAUCAGAACACCAAAUAUCACAUACUAUUUCCACUAUCAAGACACUUCUGGUAAAUUUGUUUUUGAAAACACCAUGGCUAAUGAAAGUAUGGUUAUCUCAAUGUUACAUCGUUACCAAGUUUAAAUAAUAAUAGUUUGUGUCGUUUUUAUAAGCCUGGGUGUGGGCGCCGGCUACAGGUGGAAAUAUAGUAUUCUUGUUAACAUUUUCAGGGUAGAGUAUAACUGUCCCACUAUGGGAUGGGACUUGUGGGGUAGACAGAAAUAUUUUGUUUUAUUACGUUAUUUUUCAUAAACAAAUGGAGCUGCAGCUUGCUUUCACAAGUUUUCACAAACAUACUAAUUGUGUUCUUUGUCUAAGUUAAUAUGCUUGAAGAUUACCCUGUCGGCGCUCACAUAGAUAGGAUUAAUAUAGCUUGAAAUGCUCAUU